GGCGCCCGAGCCGCCCCCAGCCCGACCCUCUUCUUCUUCUCUCUUCUCUGUUUCUUCAAGAGUGCAAGGAGGCCGGCGGUUCCUCCUCCUCCCCCCUCUCCCCCCCACCAAAUCCACCACCAAAUCAUCAGAUCUGCCCGGCCAAUCUCUUCCCCAUCCAUUCCUCAAGGAUGGUGUGGCUCCUAGAUCAAGAGUAUGACAGGAAUCACCGGGCUUUUCAUAUGACGGAGAGGGGAACGGAUCUUCACCCUUUGAAGAUUCGGUACCAUGGCACGGUAGAUAUGCCGUAUGACGAGAGGUACACGGAGUUCAUCCAGCCCACCGGUCUUCUCCCGUUCAUCACGCUUGUAAGACGGGGGGGGCUGAACAUGAACGCCGCGGCACUCACCGCCCUUGUCGAUCGGUGGAGGCCGGAGACGCACACCUUCCACUUGAGGGCCGGCGAGAUGACCCCUACUCUUCAGGAUGUCUCAAUGAUACUUGGACUUCCUAUUCAGGGCGAGCCACUGUGUAUGAACACAGCUUCUGAUGGGUGGCGCGAGCAGAUGGCGAACCUUAUUGGCAUGGCUCCUCCGGCGCCAGAAAAUCCAAAGGAGAGAGCUCCCGCCGGCGCACCUUUCGCUUGGAUACGGACUAACUUUGGAGAACUCCUGCCGGAAGGGGCCGAGCGUGAGACUAUCAGGACGUACACCCGAGUGUACUUGUGGUACAUGAUAUCGAGGACUCUCUUUGCUGACAGUGGUGGGAAGUUGGCCCAUUGGUGUUGGCUCAAGGCGCUUACGGUGUUGGAGCGCCGGUGGAGUUGGGGAACAGCGGCACUUGCCUACCUCUACCGACAGUUGGACGACGCUUGUCGCAGGACUGGGAGCGGCGGUAUUGGUGGAUGCUUGCUCCUACUUUCUGUAUGGAGCUGGGACCGCCUAUCAGUUGGCCGGCCCAGGAUACUCAAAGCGAGACCAUGGCCUCAUUACCGGCACAACCUUGAUCGGGAGCCGACUUGGGCAUAUCUUUGGGACAAUGUCUCGGAGAUGACGAGCGACCCAAAGAUCAUGUAUAGGCACUACACUGAGGAGUUGGAUACUCUUACCGCUGAGCAGGUAACCGAUUUUAAUCCAUCACUCUUUUGCAAUGGGGACUUCAUAUUUUAG